AUGGCAAAGCUGAAAAUUAAGAUGCCGAAGAAGACUGAAAAACCCAUCAAAUUCGGCGAGGAAGAUCUUGGACUGGAACCUGAUGAUCCAUUGUACGAAGAUGGAAUGAAAUGUGUGCGCACGUAUUGGGCACAGGCAACCAGGCUCACAGCUCGCCAGCAAGAGCAAAUGAUCGGAUACAUGCAGAGACGUGAAUACGCUAUCAUUCCUUCUGCGAAGAAUGACGCUACUUUGCAUAAAAUAUACAUCGAAAACACUGAAUGGCUAUCGUGGCCAGCAUAUCUCAUCCUGGCAUCGAUAUAUGAUAAAUUGCCUGAAAAGUACAACAGCUUGAUUCUACAGCUUUAUGGCACCCUGACUAUCAAAGACUACACGAAAGAGUAUCUGGAGGCAAUCGACGACAGGCAGAGGCCGACCAACGAGCUGUACGCACCUAAGAAAGGCGCAGUGACCUUGAGUGUGGCCGACGAUGACGUCGCCUCUGUAGAAGAGGAACUGGCGGAUGUCUUUGGUCAAGCCAGCGUCGCCUCUAUAGCAGAGGAACUGGCGGCUAUCUUUUCUCCAGUUAGCCGGGCGAGGCAGAGUGCAGUUCCUGAGGGAGCCAAACGCCCUCGAACGUUUUCUGACAAUCCACCCAUCGAACCAAAACGCGUGCGGAGAUCAGUUAAUAAAGAUGAUUUUGACAUAGACAAAGUUGUCUCUGGCGUUAUGUCUUCUCACGCAAUCCGGCGAUUGGCUGAAGCAACCAGAAAGCCGCAAAUGACGAACCCUGACCUCUUCGAGAUGGAGGAUGUGAAAGUUGCCAAAGAAAUUUCCAAGAGAAACGAAGCCAAGAUUGAUGAAGUCAACACCAAACUUGAUAAAUUCGUCUCGGAGAUGCACCAGUUUAUGACUGCUUUCGCGAACACGGCGAGUAUUCCGCUGCCAAUUGAAGUCAUCGAAGACGACGAUGAUGUCGAAGCAUCUAUCUGA